UAUAUUUUGUACGUAGCGUCGAUUUACGCUGGAUAUCUUACGUAAACGUCCACAACAAACAUGGCGGACGAUCACACAGACGCCGACCAGUCGAUGGAAGGACACACACCGGUGUCUGAAAACCCUCAUGCGGAGUACGGAUUAACGGACAACAUCCAGAGGACGGUGGAGAACGAGAAGGCGAGUGGAGAUAAGAUGUCUAAGCAGAAGGUGGACCUGCAGGCGCUGCCCACCAGAGCGUAUCUGGACCAGACCGUGGUUCCCAUCCUGCUGCAGGGCCUGUCGGUGCUCGCCAAGGAGAGACCUCCGAACCCCAUUGAGUAUUUGGCUGCGUUCCUGGUCAAGAACAAAUCUCAGUUUGAAGAAAGAAAUUGAAGCAGAAACUCGUCUCCCGUGUUUGUUAAUGGACUGUUAGUUUGUUUUUUUGUUUUGUUUUUUUUAAACCCACAUUAAACAUGAUGUUAUAGAGGAA